AUGGCUGCUGCCCCAACGCACGAACCAACCAAUUCGUUCAACGCUCCUUCAGCAGAGGAAGAACAAGAACUUGCCUUUGGCCAGGUAUGGAAAGACGCGGCCAGGGCACCUCAGCAACCCAAACCAGCAAACCAGCCAGCAAGUGGAGGACGGAAGUCAUCGAUCCAGUUUCAUACUGCGGAUGCUGAAGAUACUAUUAGAAGGGAAAGCGUCGCACAAGGUCCACGACCCUCUACGACCCAGCGAAGAAUGUCGUCCCCUCCUCCGCAAGGCAAUUACCAGCGUGGCGUCUCUUUUGACACUUUCGACAACAGAGAUGCAUCCACCGAAUCCUUUACCCUAAACUACAAACACCGCGACUACGCUUCUACAUCCCGGACCCGCACAUUCCUGUGCGGUACUGAUGCCAAAGACUACUCCGAAUAUGCACUGGAGUGGGUGCUUGAUGAACUCAUCGAAGACGGCGAUGAGAUAGUCUGCUUGCGUGUGGUGGAGAAGGACUCAAAAACCGCCAGUGAGACGCCGUACGAGCGUGGCAAAUAUCGCGACGAGGCCCUAAAGCUCCUCGACAGCGUAAUUAAAAAGAACAGCGCGGAAGAGAAAGCCAUCAGCAUCAUUAUGGAGUUGGCUGUUGGCAGGGUUCAAGAAAUAUUCCAGAGCAUGAUACAGCUCUAUGAGCCUGCGGCACUGGUGGUGGGAACAAGAGGCAGGAACUUGGGCGGCAUGCAAGGCUUACUUCCAGGCUCCGUCUCGAAGUAUUGCCUGCAACACUCCCCUGUACCAGUGAUUGUCGUUCGGCCGACGUCCAAAAGAAUGAAAAAGAAACAGAAACGCCAGCUGGAAAGCGGUCGCAGCCUCUAUAGUAGCAUGCUUGAGCGUGCUCAAAGUGCUGGGGGUAGCCACCUUUACGACAAGGCGAACAACAGUUCGAUAUCGAUGGAAGCUACCGAGCAAGAAGCUGAUGCUGUCGCCAGAGCGAUCGGUCCCCCCAAAAGGGGCAUUUUGAAAGGGACUUAUGGUGGGCCACUUGCGCGAGUAACAUCAGCACGGAGCGAUGUCACUUCAGAUGACGAUUCACCAGAGCGAGGUUUUGUUUUACCAAUCGGUUACUUCAGCACAGAAAGCGCACCCAGAGCCGAUCUCGCCAUGAAGAGUCCCAGUAUUGUUGCCCUACAAGAAGACUGGGAUGACGACGACCUGGCCCCAUCCAAGUCUUCCACGUCCUCAAAGCGAACAGGGAAACGCCACGAGCGCGGGGAUAGCGAUGCUGCUAUAUCUGACACGGAAGAUGGCUAUCUUGGGGUGCAAAAGAUUGUCGAAGAACGACGCCCUUCUGUCAGAGAGACAACCCCGUGGCUGGCAGAAAUACUUCGAGACAAACCGCAGAGAAGGUCUCCAAGCCACGGUCGAUCGCUUUCACGAUAG